GUGUAGUAAUCGGACGCCGACCGCAGUUGUCGUCGACUAGUACCAAUCGCUUCGUCUCACUCGCUCUCCGCAGAUUGCGCCGUAGUAUUUUUAUAAUAUCACAGCAUUGUAAUUAUAUACGUUUAUAUAUUUAAAACCGUCCACCAUAGUAUCUCGACGGCAUGCGGCUCCGUCGCCAGCACGUUACACGCUGCGGCCGCUCCAACUGACAGUCGGUUUGAGUCGUCCGUCAAACCGACCACUGCCGUCCCGCCGCUGUUGAUACCCUUGCGCCGGUACAAGUGCGGUUCAUAAUUUUUUUUGUUAAAAUUUUUGAUAUGAAAAAAAAGUGAUCGGUUUAUUAUUUCGAUUCUAUUAGAGAAAAUUGUGUAUUUUUUAAUAAUUUUCCGAAGUGUGCUCGUCUAUACUCGACAAAAGUUCCAGUUUUUUGAGGCCAAGACUUUUAGAUUUUAUAUAAGUAAUGUGGAAUAAUACGAAAAAACUAAAACUUCUACUAUGGAAGAAUUUAUUGAUUCAAAAAAGACACCCGAUCCAAUCAAUUAUCGAAGUAUUAAUGCCUGCUAUUAUGGCAUGUAUACUGGUAAUGUUUAGAUCUUGGGUACAACCCAUAGAAUUCAACGAACCUACUAAAUUCCCACCAUUUCCGAUAAUACAACCUCCAGUGCUUUACAUGAAAAAUUACACUUUAGCGUGGGGUCCAUAUCAUCCAAAAUUAAAUGACAUAAUGGUAGCAGCUUUUAAUGAUUUUCCAAAUUUAAAGCUGAGAAGUUUCAAGUAUGUAGACUACAUGGAGAAGAAUUUAAACAAAAAUAAUGCAAUGAAAUAUUACUUGGCUGGAGUACGAUUCGAUAACGUUUCUCCUAAUAACACAGAAUUACCUAAAAAUAUAGCCGUUAAAUUUAGAUUUCCUUGUCAUUUGAGAGCAACAAACAAAAGUUACAUGAGUUUUGAUACGGUAGAAGCUAACUGGAGAACUUAUCUAAUAUUUCCUUUAUAUCAAACUUUUGGACCUAGACACAAAGAAAAAGAUGAUGGAGGUGAACCUGGUUACAGUUCUGAAUCGUUUUUGUACCUACAAAAUCGGAUCUCCAGAGAAAUUGUUCGUUAUUGGACUCCAAAUGCAAUAUUUCCAGAAGUAAUUAUGCAAAGGUUUCCAUAUCCAAAAUAUAUUGAAGAUCCUUUGCUUCCUGCUCUUACAUCUUUUGUAUCAACUGUUGUGUUGCUUAGCUAUGUGUAUACUGCAAUUAAUACUAUAAAAGUAAUUGCUGCUGAAAAAGAAUCAAAAAUGAAGGAGGCCAUGAUGCUCAUGGGCUUGGAUAAUUGGUUACAUGCAAUGGCUUGGUAUUUGAAAAGUUUUAUCAUUUGGAUUAUACCUCUUCUUAUUUUAGUAUUCUUUAUUACAUUUGAAUGGCCUACGGGUGCAGUAUUCCAAUAUUCUGAUCCGUUUGUACUCAUGGCCAUUUUAACAUUGUACGUUACUUCGGGUAUUUCAUAUUGUUUUUUGAUAGCAACACUCUUCAAAAAAGCUAAUACAGCAGCUACUGUUGGUGGCGUUCUCUGGUUUGGUUCUUAUGCACCAUUUAUGAUCUUCCAGCCAAAAUAUUCGUCAAUGACCAACAGAGAAAUUUUAGUAUCUACAUUAUUACCGAAUACUGCAUUAGGAUAUAUUUUUCAAAGUUUAAUAAUGUUUGAAGGAAUUGGAAAAGGUCUAACAUGGGAUAAUAUUUCCAUAACAGUUUCCCCGGAUGACAAACUAAGUAUAGCUGAUAUUAUGUGCAUGUUAGCUUUGGAUACUGUUAUGUUUUUGGUUGUCGCUAUUUAUCUAGAAACAGCGUUUCCAAAAAAUUGCGGUUUUCGACCUCCGUGGUAUUUCCCAAUUAUGCCUUCAUUUUGGUUUGGCCAAAAAGUCUCUUCAAAUGCUACAAUCUCAGAAAAAUCCGGUAUACAAAUUAAUUCACUUACUAAAUGGUUCAGCCAUGGAAAACCGGUAGUUAACAAUCUAACAUUAGAUAUGUAUCCAAACCAAAUUACUGUUUUGUUGGGUCACAAUGGAGCUGGAAAAUCAACUACUAUGUCUAUGUUAACUGGGUUAUUAAGACCAUCUGCUGGUUCAGCUUUAAUUGAAGGAUAUGAUAUUAACACUCAAAUGAAAAAAAUUCGUAAUUCUCUUGGAUUAUGUCCUCAGUACAAUGUACUUAUACCAGAUUUGACUGUCAAAGAACAUUUGUUAUUCUUUGGAGUGCUUAAGAAUUUAGAUAGUGAGAUGCUUAAAGAUGAAGUUGCUAAGUACACUGAAAAAUUUGAGCUGGAACCUAUGUUAAAUACAAAGUCUAAGCAUCUUAGCGGAGGAAUGAAAAGAAAACUUUCAGUGGCUGUAGCAUUAAUUGGAAAAUCUAAAGUAGUUUUAAUGGAUGAACCAACUUCGGGCAUGGACCCUGCAGCUAGAAGAACGUUAUGGAACAUUUUACAGUCAGAACGUGAAGGACGAACAAUGGUAAUGACAACACAUUUAAUGGACGAAGCAGAUCUCUUAGGCGAUCGGGUAGCUAUCAUGAAAGCUGGGAAACUUUGUUGUGUUGGCACUCCAUUUUCAUUAAAAAAAGAAUAUGGUGGUGGUUAUACGCUAACACUUGUCAAAGAUACAGUAAAAUGUAGUGUUUCUAAAUUGACAAAUUUCAUUCGAAAGUUUUAUCCUCAUAAUGUACCCAGCAGCAUAACAAUUAUGGAAGUCGUAUAUAAACUUGAAGAUUCAUCUUUCUUACCCGAACUUCUUAAUUCUUUAGAACAAAAUAAAUCAUCAUUAGGUAUAAAAGAGUACGGUAUUACGCUAACGUCAUUACAGGAUGUCUUUAUGAGAGUUGGUCAAGAUGAAAACAAAAAGCUAUCAGAUUUCCAAAUAAAUUCAAUGAAACAUAAAUCAAUCGAUUCAAAAAGCCGAUUUGAUCAUUUUUUUUAUGAUUCGGGAAGUGAUUUAACUGAUAUGAAAUCACAGAGGGCAACUGGUUGGAAACUAUUUAUAAUUCAAGCUGGAGCUAUUAUGGAAAAGAAAUGCUUACAAUCUUAUCGUUCAUUAGUAUUACAUUCCCUUCAAAUUGGCUUAACCGUAUUCUUCAUAUGCUUAGCAUUUUUGGUAGUUAAUGCUUGGCAAGGAAUGAAGGAUCUUCCAGCUAUGAUUAUGAGUUUAGGAACUUAUUGGGAACCAAUUAGUACUAUUAUGUUAGUUUCUGACAAUGGAGAUAACAACUUGAGUAUAUACGAGUCUUAUAAAAAAGCAUGUGGCUCAAAUCCAGUUCAUGAUUUGCAUACACACAAGUAUGACUACUUUGAGAACCAUUUAUUAAAAGUAGCCACAAAAAAUAUAGCACCCUUUACGCAAAAAUAUAUAAUUGGAGCUGUAUUUAAUAACAACACAAUAACAGCAUUCUUUAAUAACCAACCUUAUCAUGGACCACCAUUAUCAUUAAACAUGGUAUAUAAUGCUAUAUUGAAAUCUUUUAAAGGCGAAGAUUAUGGAAUUGAUAUCAUAAACCAUCCAUUGCCAUACCAAAGAGAAGAUAAGCUAUUGAAAUUGACCGGUGGGAGUAAUUUAGGUUAUCAAAUUGCAUUCAAUUGCGGUAUCUCACAAGCAUUUGUAUGUGCAGUAUAUGUUUUAUUUGCUGUCAAAGAACGACAAAGUGGUGCAAAACAUAUGCAACAAAUAGCUGGAAUUAAACCUUUAGCUUACUGGGGUGCUUCUUUAUUGUGGGAUUGGAUAAGUUAUUUAACAAUAAUUUUCUCUAUAAUGGGUCUCCUAUAUUUAUACAAUGAUCCUGGUUACUCCAGUAUUAAACAAAUGGGUUUGGUAUUAAGUCUUUUGGUUGCUUUUUCAUGGGCUACUUUACCACUGAUGGGUUUGUUUUCAUAUAUGUUUACAAAUCCAUCGACAAGUUUUACGAGAAUGUCUGUGUUCAGUGUUUUAACGGGAUCUAUGAUCUUCAUGCUAGUUUUGAUUUUGGACAUGCAACCUCUAAGUUUAAAAGAUCAAGCUGAUGCUAUUGAUUCAAUAAUGAUUUAUUUCCCACAUUAUGCGUUGAGUAGUGGUCUUAGGAAUAUAUAUUUGGCAUAUGAAUACAAUGAUAUUUGUGAUUUCAAUAAAAAUGAUACCUGUAAAGGAUGGGAUGGAGAUAACCUAUCAUGGAAUAGUCCGGGAAUCGGAAGAAAUAUGGUACAUCUAUUCUGGUUGGGUUGUGUUUGUGUCUCGCUUUUAUUGUCGUGCGAGUAUUUAGCGUACUAUGGUAACAAAAUUCAUUGUACAUUAUUAAAACUCUACAGCUAUCUAUGGAAAAAAGCUCUCAAUGAAGAUAAAUUCGAUUUAAAUUAUUACGAGUCAGAUGUGGCACAAGAGAAACAGGUCGUGAGUAAUACAGACCCACGAAAUUUCUGUCUUUACUUAAAAAACGUGUGGAAAAAUUAUGGAAAUAAACAAGCUGUUAAAGGAAUAAAUUUGGCUUUGAAACCCAAUGAAUGUUUUGGUUUAUUAGGAUCUAACGGAGCUGGAAAAACCACUACUUUUCGCAUGCUUACUGGAGAUAUUAAAAAUACAUCCGGUGAUAUUUAUGUUUGCGGUAUUCAUGUUAAUAACAAUCGUGAAAAAAUUCAUGAGGUUGGUGGUUAUUGUCCUCAAUUCAAUGGUCUUAUUGAAGAACUUACAGGUUUUGAGACUCUUUAUUUCUUUUGUCGACUUAGAGGAAUGUCUAAUAAAGAGGCUACUACAAUGUCUUUCCAUUUAGCAUCAAGAUUAGCGUUUAUGCCUUAUCUAAAUAGACAGGCUAAAACAUAUAGUGGUGGUAAUAAGAGAAAACUAAGCACAGCUAUUGCUAUGAUUGGAGAUCCUUCAGUUUUGUUCCUAGACGAGCCAACAUCUGGUAUGGAUCCUGCUGCACGAAAACACUUAUGGGAUACUGUAAGUGAAGAGCGAGAUCGCGGAAAAUGUGUUUUCAUUACUUCACACAGUCUAGAAGAAUGUGAAGCUCUUUGCACUCGUUUAGCCGUGAUGGUAGAUGGCAGAAUUUGUUGUAUAGGAUCAGUGCAACAUUUAAAAAAUAAAUUCUCUGUAGGUUACCAACUACACGUAAAAUUCCAUCCAGACAACUACACUAAAGCCAAAGAAUUUGUAUUGACUUCGUUUUCGGGAGCAACGUUACGAGAAGAAUUUGAAAUCACAGCUUUAUUUCACAUUCCUAAAAAGUAUCCAUGUUCCUAUGCAUUCGCAAAAAUGGAACAAGCAAAGAAAGAAUUGUUAAUUGAUGAUUACUCAAUAACACAAACCAGUCUAGAACAAGUAUUUUUGAAUUUUACUCGAAAUCGCAAUCAAAUAGUAUAGUGAAGUCUAUGGAUAUCCUAAUUUUAUCAAUGUAUGACUAGUAGCUGACUAAGUGCCAUGUCAAUUUUGAAAAUGUUUACUUUCAUUCAAACGUUCAACAUUUACAACAUUAUAAUAAUGUUGUUAUUAUUAUUAUUACUAUUACUGUUUCGUUUUUUCUUGUGUAUGAAGGCUGACUAAUGUAAACUAUUAUUGAAAAAUAGUUUUGUAAUAUAGUAAUAUAUGUGAUAAUUCAAUAUACGUUAAUUAUGUAAGAUAUAAGUUACUGAAUAUAUCUUGACAGCGAAUUUAAGCUUAAAUCGGGACCAAAGCUUAUUUUUAACUUAAGCUCAUUGUAAAGUGCAUAUUUUUGUUUUGUAAGCCAGCAGUUUGCGUAUGAGUUUUAGUUUUAUUCUAAUGCUCAAUGUACAGUUCAUUAGAUGAAUAAGAUUUUUCUAUCUAUAAGUGAUAUAAAAUUAGUAAUUAAGAUGUUUUAUUUAGUUACUAUAUAUCCUAUUUAACUGUAAAAUUACCAUUAUUAUAAUUCUGAGUAUAUUUAAUUUAUUAAGAAUAAUUUUGUUCAUUUCGAAUAAAAAUAUAUCAUACCAAAAUGUACAGAUCU